UUAUUAUAUAAAAGUACCUUGACUGAUUGUUUUGUAGAAGAUCGUUGGAGAUCAUUGAGUUGUACUAUCUGGAACAAGACGAGGAUCUUCUAUCGUGUGAAAUAGUACUAGAAAAACGCAGAAAUUGUUCUAAGACGCGGAUCUGUUAUAAUGCUUUUUCAAUGAACAACGAGCAUCGAUCAGCAUGCUUUUGCAGGUGUAAUGUGCACGCUUGCCGGGAGGAUUAAUGACAUUGUGAGCAUAAGUAUACAGCGGCUGUCUAGCAUUGGUGUAUGCCUACGUUGCAAAGCUGUGCUAAAGACGUACACGAGAUCUUCGAAAAAGAGCGCUACAUAAGACGCGCCUUCACGCACCAAUGGAAAGAAUGUUGGAACGAUCCAUACUCCUGCAGGACGAUGUUGGCGCUUUUCGUCUGUCAGCAACUUGCGUCUCCUGAAGAUCACUGAAUAAAACGAUCCACCCCGCCACUGAAAAUA